AUGCACACGGACCGCGCUCCGCUUCUGGACGAAGUCGAACCGUUCGACGGCGAGGGAACUGAAGCGGGCGUCCAACAGCCUUCGUCCCCUACUCCACAACAGGCGGCUCCGGUGGCCAGUGUGAGUAUAGACGCUGCAGCCGUCCAGGUCGGAGAUGGCGUGGCUGAUUCCGGAUCCACGCACGACAGUCAAGGGGGCAGAAGUGGCGCAGAGAACGCUUUUCGAGACGCUCCGAGCCCCUCUUCUCGAUCAGUGGCCCCCCUCAUAGAAGCAGAAGGUGAUCGAGCAUCUCCGAGGGGCCAUCCACUAGACCGGCGUAGGCGAAUCUCCCACAUCUUCUCCCUCUCGCGGUACUCGCCGACGCUCCUGCUCAUCACGCUGCUCAACCUGACCGUGAUGCUCCUGCUGCUGCUCUUCUGGCGCCAGAAGAUUGUCCAGCGCUCGUCGAAGAUAAUUUGAAUUACUGCAUUCGAUUCUCUGUUUAUGUGUCUCUCGUUUGUCGGCGUGGAAAAACGCCACUAUUUCAAUACGAGAAGCAUGCGAGGCUUAAAUAUUUUCAGACGAGUUGCGAGUGCAGUUAUAUUUGCUAACUUGCGUAAUUAAAAAAAAAUUUCUCAACUUGAAAUUCAGCAGAACAGACCGUUGAGCUAUUUGGUACUGCACGACCGGAGGUAAAGCGCAAGAGAUCACGUAGAACACCACUUCUGUUGUUCUACGUGCUCUCUUGGGCUUUAGCUCAACUCAGGAAAUUCAGGUUCGCGAUACAGUAUAUCAAUGACUGAACAAUAUUGGUCGUUAAAGUAGAUACCGACAGUCCGACCAACCACUUCAAACCGUCAGUGCCUUCACAUGUGCAUUUUUCACGUGCCCAAUAUCCUGGAUGAUUGCUUCACACAAUUAUUUAAUCAGGGAAACUCAUGAUUUAUGUUAAGUAUUUACGCUCAUAAUUCUAUCAUGUACCAAGAAUUUGCCCUCUUCAGCAACAAUGUUUCUUUUUCUGCUUGUAAAUGUUAAGAGCAGGUCCUGCCCUUGCUGUUUUUCGCUUUGAUACCUGUAUAUUAUCCGUAAAAAAAUAAAGUUGCACUAUAUGCAACUUAUAAAAUUCAGUUGAAUUUGAAUGACUUGAACCUUAAGUUUCCCCUUGCAACCCGGUUGCCGUGAACGUUUAUUAGAACUUUCGAAUGCAUGGAGGGCAGUUUAGGGAACAGAUGGCGCAUCUCUUUGUAGCUACACCUGAACCACUGAGAGGCGUCACCUUAAGAUCUUUUCACUCAGGAAUUCUCAUAGUAAAUGAGGACGCAGUAAUAAAGUGUAUGGCUAACGUGGUGUGGCCCCCAGUAGUGAUACUAAUGAAUAGCAUUUCAUUGUAACGUUUCCCUUUAUUUUUGUCUCGUUUUACUUUGUUAUAUGCUGAAUGGGCCACACAUAGAGACGUUCGAAUCAGUCGUACUCGUUUCCUGCUGAAAGCUCUGAACGUUGCUUGUUCAAGCGUCCGUCCUCAGAACUUCAAAUAUCCAGUGCAUAACGGCGCUGGUCACAUCAUUGUCUUCGAACUGCAACUCUUCGCUGCUGUGAAGGCAAACCUGCAAAAUAUGGUGAGCUUACUCAGGAGCUCCGGUGGGGCUAGUCUCCUGCCCCCUUUGACCCCAGCAAGGACAUUUA